AUGGAUCUUGUAACACCACCUCAUCCAGAAUGCACAGUAUCUGGAAUUAUGAGUUUCAUUCUCCGUCUAUCCCGAGUGGCUGGCGUAGCUCCCCUCAAGUUUACGAGUACACCUGAUGGUUAUCGUAUUCAGGUAUCACAUAACUACAGUCUAUAUGGCGAAGCAGUGGUCUUACUGUUCGUGGCCAUAUCUAUAGUGGCUGUAGUAAUGGAUUUGACAAUAUACAAGGAUUUUUCCUUGAAAGCUACCACUAAUGCGAACCGUAUCGUCUGGAUAACUGACGUAGGCAUUGUUAGUUUGGUGGUCAUCAUCGGUGCUUAUACUGGUGUCAAGAGAAUGCGGUACAUGAUCGACACUGUUGUGGAAUUGAAACAGGUAGACGAAGAGUUAAAAAAGUUCCGCAAACCAACAUAUAUCAACGAUAGAAAGACCUUAUUAUCCCUCACAGCAUUAACAUUCAGCAUCGGUAUCGUUUUUACAGACUACGGUUAUUUCAUGUACAAGGUCAUAAUGAAUAAUGGCAAAAUUCUAACGUCGAGUUUAUACGUAUUCUACGCCAUAUCAUGCAUUAAGCUGGAAUUGCUCGUGAUUCAGUUCACUUUGACAAGCAUGCUCAUUUUGGCGACCCUUAUGGAGCUUAACAACUGUUUUGAUGACAUACUUCUGGAGAUGCAAAAGAAUAAGUCCGUGGUAUCAAAGUUUACGGUGUUAUAUACACAAACAGUGUUCAAGAAGAAAAGUACCCUCAUAAAAUCCAACAGAGUGACUCAAGAAAUAUUUGAUCAAAAUACUAAACUCAAUGAAGGUAACACUAUUAUAGCAAAAAAAUUAAAUCAACUGGUUCGACUUUACGGGUCAAUGUCCGAUAUAAUAGAUAAAGUAGAAAAGUCCAACGGGAUUCUACUAGUAGUGUUACUUCUGUCGUUCCUGCUACAUCUGGUCAUCGCACCGUACCAUCUCCUCAAUGGCAUAGCUCAUCCUGAACGAAAUGAUCUGUGGAAUGUAGUUCUCCAGGUUCCAUACGCUAUUUUGCAUUUUGGCAAACUUGUUAUGGUCGUCGAGCCCUGUCACCAAACUCACGAUGAGCUGGAUAACACUAAAAAUAUGAUUGCUCAUUUGAUGCGUUACAUUCGUCACGACGAUUUCGAGCUUAUUACUGAAAUCAAGACCUUCUUUCGUCAUCUCAACCUGAAUCAAGGCUUGUACGCUCCAAUGAAGUUGUUCACCCUGAACAGAAGUAUUAUAGUAGCUGUAAGUAUUGGUUUGCAAAAGGAUCUACCUAUUUGA